AGCUCUGACACUACAUCAAGUUGCAUAUUGUUCAUGAGUAAUCGGGACAAGAAAAGACAGCGAAAACAGCAGCAGCAACAGCAACCUGCCAACUCACAACAAUGGUCCAACCAGACUCCUUUCCGUAUUUUGGAGAGAACGUUUAAACGACGACAGACUCUGCUAAAGGACUUGCAGCCAUUGCUUUUGGAUUUGGAUUUAGAGAGUCCAUCCACAUCAUUCAAAACUGUCGAGCUAUCUCCACCCUUGAUACUGUCUGAACCACAACUGGAUGUUCCAGGAACGACAAGAGUGAUUGAACUGACAGACAUUCCAGGUCUUUUUAUAUUAAAACGAGCGAUUCCACCAUCAUUACAAAGACAACUGGUGCAAGAGUGUCUAGAAAAGCAUUGCAAAGUUCCUAAUCUGUCAAAUCUAGAUGCUCAUUAUUUGAUUCCCAACAUAGGCAUAUGGAAAGUAUAUCAACAAAGUAAACGGCUAAACCAUGCAGAGUUGAUCCAUCCUAGAUCCAUUGAGAAUACCGAGACUAUGGAAUCAACCACUGCAGAUGGCGCCAUGAAGAUAGAUCCACCUACUGAUGCCAUGACAGCACCAAAAUCAAUGUCAGUAGAUGCUGUGAUACACCGACUCAGAUGGGUCACUCUGGGUCAUCAGUACGACUGGACCAGAAAGCAAUACCAUUUUGAUCGAUUGCAUGCAUUUCCAGAUACUAUAGCCACCAUCACACACCAGAUUUUGGCAUUCACACAAGAGCUGACAGGAUACUCGUCGAGUCAAUGGCGUCCAGAGGCAGGAGUGAUUAACUGGUAUCAUCCAGGAGACACACUUAUGGGACAUCAGGACAGGAGCGAGGUAGACAUGACAGCACCGUUAGUCAGUUUGAGUGUAGGCUUAUCUUGUGUAUUUUUAAUUUCUCCUUGCGAAUCCAAAGAUAUUACGCCUACUGCGAUUCGGUUAGAUAGUGGAGAUGUUUUAAUCAUGAGCAAGAGUGCCAGGAGAGUGUUUCAUGGCGUGCCAUUGGUCAUUCCAGACACUUGUCCAGACUAUUUAAUGCAUGGAACAGACAGUGAAUGGAAUGCAUUUGCUGAAUGGAUGGAUCAUUCUCGACUCAACAUCAAUGUGCGACAAGUCUUUCCCACUAUAUAA